AUGGUUGGAAAGUUGCGUGAUCUGCAGAAACACGCAGAUGAUGGAUGUGAUUUUGCUCAAGUUUAUUGUCAAUUUCUGUCUGUUGGAUGUUCUCACCAGAUGAAGAAGAGAGAUGUUGGUGAUCACGAAGACAAGUGCAGCAAAGAGCAUAUGCGUUUGCUGUUAAAGAAUGUUGACGAGCUGAAAGCCCAGCUUCAACGCCGACCUUAUGAAUCCUGCAAGUUCAUGUGGAAAAUAGAAAACUGGAGCAAAACCCUUCAAAAUGCUAAAAUGGAAAAAGGAGAAUGCUUGUAUGUGAAUAGCAGUUCUUUCUACACAGGCUAUCCAGGAUACCAAUUAUGCAUGUUUACAUAUCCGAAUGGCUUUGGAAUAGGUAAAGGAAGUCAUGUGAGUGUGCAUCUAGCCGUGAUGAAAGGUGACUUUGAUCAUCAAUUGCAGUGGCCGUUUCCUUGUUCCUACAGACUGACUGUCAUUGACCAGCAGCCUGACGGCGAAAAUAUAAGCGUGCUGGUUGAUCCAACAGAGGGAGGACCAGAUUCAAAGGAAUGCUAUGAGAGGAAAACUAAGAAAUCAUUGAUAGGAUGGGGAUUCUCUAAAUUUAUUAGUCAUUUGGAUCUAACUAACCAGACUCAUGCAUACAUCAGAGAUGACUCUCUUCUCCUAAGCGCUGAAAUUCUGAUCUGAAAAUGAGACAUCAAUACUUAAUUGUUGGUAUCUUCAACAUCAUGCAGCUCAUUGCAAUUACAUGCAUGUGAUUUAGUUCAUAUACCACAAACUUGAUUUAAUUAACAUUGUUUUAUGGAUAUGUUAUAGUUAGUUGUUAGACACUGUUUGCGUAUUGCUUUGUAUUUGUAUCAGUUGCUGCUGAGAUGUGUACUACUCAUCUGCUGACUGCAAUCAGUUGUGAAAUUUUUGAUUGUCAUGUUAAUAUAAAAAGUACACUC